UCAAAGCAAAAGCCUGUUUAUUAUUUUGCUUGUCAUAAAAUCCAUGACAUUUUGAAAUGAUUCAAAAAAUACCUAAUUUUCCAAUGGCGAAUGAAGUGAUAUCAGAAAGUCAAAAACUGAAUGAGAAUUUGAUCGCUGAAGAGUCAAACUUGAAGUUAUUGAAUUCAAAUUCCGAAGAUAUAUUUCCAUUAAAUGAGGAAGAUACGAAGCAAUUCUAUUUCAUUGACAAUAUUUGUGAUUUAAAAUUGAAAUCUCCACAGAAUGUGACAAAAUUGAUAAAAUAUAGAUUUUUUCGUAAGCUAAUAUACACCUGGGCUGGACAAACGCUUAUAGCAGUCCAGCCUUAUGACAAUAAUUACAAAAAUCAGGAUGAAAAAGAGGGCGAACCAAACGUUAGUACAGUUGUUGAUAGAGCUUUCUUCAAAUUGUCAAAUAAACUGGGUAAGACUAACCAGAUCAUUGUCAUUUCUGGAGACAGCGGAUCUGGUAAAACGUAUUCUGGAUGUCUUGCCUUGAAAUAUUUGGCUUUUCAACAUUCUAGCCAUGAAGAUAAAGAUUUAAGAGAUAUCUUGACAAGAACUUGUUCGGCUGUAACUGUUCUUGCAGCAUUUGGUAACGCAUCAACAAUUCACAAUUUCAACAGCUCCAGAUUUGGAAAAUUGACACAGAUGCAAUGUCGUGAAGGAAAAUUUGUUGGAGCAUACAUUCAGACUUAUCUACUCGAAAAGUCUAGGGUGUCUGGACCAAAUAAGGGCGAGUCAAAUUUUCACAUUUUCACUCAGGUUUUGGAAGAUCUGGACGACUAUGUAUUAGAGAAAUUAUAUCUUAGCAAAACUACGGAAUAUGUGAUAUGCCCCAGAAUGAUAUACCAUAGAAAAACCUCAUUUUCAGAUGUAGUUGAGAUGAUGAGUUUCCUCAAUAUUAAAGAAAUCGAUGACGUGUUACACAUUUUAUCACUUAUACUGAAUUUGGGGAAUAUAAUCUUCACCUGUAAAGACGAAAAGCUUGUAAUCCUUCAAGAAUGUAAGCAGUACGUGAAUUUUUGCGCACUAAUUUUCCAAACAAGCUCAUCAUCGUUAACACAACUCUUCACCAAGAGGCUAAUUGCGCCAAAACUAAGAAGAGGCUCUUUGUGUUACACUUCUUGUGUCAAUAUCGAGGAGUGUAACGAGAGGAGGAACAGUCUUAUGCGUUUUUUAUAUGAGAAGCUUUUUAUGUGGCUCGUGGAGAAAAUUAACGAACAGACAUACUACAGGAAGAAACAUGAUUGUUUGGGAAUUUUGGAUAUAUAUGGUUUUGAAACAUUUGCUCACAACACUUUCGAACAGUUGUGUAUCAAUUACGCUAAUGAGAGGUUGCAGCAGUUUUAUAUGACUGACUAUUAUAAUAAACAAGUGAAUUAUCUGUAUGAGAAGUGCGAGAAAGUUACCAAGUAUGAUAUGUCCAAGUAUAACAAGAGAAUAAACCUUCUUGAUGGAACAUUGUCAGUUUUUGGAAUUUUGAAUGAGGAAUGCCUUGUCAAGCGGUACAAUACUGAUAUGUUCAUCUCAACCAGGCUGUCUAAUUGUUUGAGAAAAAAUGAAUUUUUCAUCGACAGGAAAGAUUAUACAUGUACCAAAUUUUCUAUAAAGCAUUAUGCUGGAGUGGUAGAGUAUGACAGCAGAUCAAUGGUUAGCAAAAAUAGAGACAAAUUACCGGAAGAAAUGGUUUUGUUCCUGAAAGAAACCAAAUUAGCGUUCUUAUCCAAAAUUUUAGAUUUUAGAGACGAGGAAGUACAAAUAUCUCAUAAUAAAACUCUUCUAUCAAAAUUCAAGAAAUCUUUGGACAACCUGAUGGUUUCUUUAAGCCUAGCAGACACGCACUAUAUUAAGUGUUUGAAGCCCAACCAGAAACAACUUCCAAAUAGUUUCGACGAUUAUUUCUUCAUGGCAGAACUGCAGUACAAUGGUAUCAUUGAUACGUUAAAUUUGGAGUUUCAACGUUUCUCGACAGUGCUAUCUAAGGAAGAUUUCUCAAAGAAGUUCGACCUAGAUAUCUUAGAAAAACUGAAAGGGUUGUUGGAAGGUAAGGUGUAUGUUGGAAGAGACAAGAUUUAUUUCAGCGAUGGGUCAUUCUCCUUGAUUCUGAAGUAUAAAAUGAUUCUGAUCACCUCCUGUGUUAAAAUAAUUCAGAGGUCAUGGAAGGCAAGAAGUAGAAAACGUCAUAUUGCGGCUUGUAAAAUACAGAGGUUUUUUAGGAGAUUUUUUUUGAAUAAUAACACUUACUCAACUAUUGAUUCCCUUAACACGACUUUGGAUCAAAUAACAGUAAUUGAAAAUGUACACCUAGAGCCUGAUUUGAUUGUAGAAACAGAAGUCAAACCUAUUAAAGCAAAAAGGUGUAUAUUCAGAGGAGACCGAAUAAUAUCAAGAUUCAAAAUCGCUCAGAUUCCAAUAAGAUUUCACAUAAGAAGAACUUGUAUCCCUUAUUCUCAUGUUUUGCCAAUUGACGAAAUGCCUAAAGGUUUAAAAGAUAUCUUCUGAAUAUUAAGUUAUGUUUAUAGGUUUUAAACUUUUCGUAUUCAUAUACAUUAUAUUUAUUUUUAGAUAACUUUUAAUUCUAGAAUACUACACUGUUGUAAUUGAUGAAAAAUAAAUAACAAAAAUAUA